GGCCGCUAAAUUCCAGCCACGUGUCCGGUCAAACGCCGCUCGGACCAGGAAACCGUGUGCCGCGCGACCCCCCGAUUCGAGUCCACGCGAAGCCGGAGAACAAAAACAGGGCGCUCUUCUGCGAAAUCCGCCAGUUUUGGCUCUCCAAAUCACUCGCCCUCUUUCGUUCUUAUAUGUCUACCGACGCUCGUCACUCUGCUCGACAAAAACACAAGCAAAACAUAGGCAAGGUGAGAUUGAGAUACCGGGAUGUGCCGAUCCGCCAUGGAGAGCAACUCUGGCCUCGCCGGGUACCCCAGGGACCGCGACCGCCUCCAGAUCCGGGGCUUCUACCUACGCGUCUCCCUCGCCGGCGGACGGAGACUGUUCCCGGGCGCCAUCACCCUCGUCUACCUCCCCCGGAUCGACGGCAGCUUGCUCGAGGUAAAUGGGUCCAGGAUUCGCGCCGCGGCCCGGGCGAUCGUGCCGCUCCACCGGAUCUGCUCGCCGGAGCUGUUCAGGAGCGGCGACACGGAGGCGGCGGUGUUCGCCAGCACGGACCGGGUGAGGGCGGGCGAGGGGGUGCGGUUCGAGGCGUACGUCGGGGAGGAGAAGGUGGUGAGAGGGGUGUUCAGGCGGCGGGGGGGCGUGUGGGGGAUGGAGUGCCGGUGCGCGGCGGAAGGCGACGCGGCCGCCGUGGCCGUGGCCGCGGCGGAGGUGUGGGUGGUGGGGGAGAAGGGGGUGUCGAUGGGACAGAGGGUGGAGGUGGCGGCGGCCUUGGAGGAGGAAAGGAGAAAGCGGCGGUGGAGGCGGGGGUUUUGCUCGAGGUUGGAGGAGAUACCGGAGGAGUCGGACGGAUGCGAUGGCUUGUGCUGCGAGGGUGGCGAGGAAGAGGAAGAGGAAGAGGGCUGGGAGUUGGAGGGAUCCGACGAUGAUGUUCGAAAGCAGGCGGGCGGGAAGAGUAUGGAGGGCGAAGAUGCUGCGUUGGAGAUGGAAGGGGUGAGAUGGGGCGUCGAUUUAGGGAUCUGGGUAAUGUGCUUGGGGGUGGGCAUGUUGGUCUCCGCAGCUUCCAAUAGGAAACUGAGAAAGAAUCUUCUUUGAUCUCUUACUUUGCCUUUUCCUUUCUUUUUUCCCUCCAUCGCCAUUCGCAAAGCGGAGUUUUGUAUCGUUUCUCUAGUUUUUGCACAAGAAUUACAAUUCCAAUCAGGUGAAGAUUGAAGCAUCAAAUUAGAUGAUCGAUGCAUCGAAAGGAAAGCUUAUCUGUUCC